AUGGCGCGCCCAGAUCUGUACCCCUCACACGGCCCUGUGUCCUCAUAUUCCUGGGUCUCAUGCAAGAAAUCAGCAGCCGAGAGUAUACCUCCACCACACGCCACACCGGCUGAUCCACAUUCAGCAGCGGCCAUGACGAACCCUCUCUACGACCGACCUCGCACUCCGAACGAUGGCCAAUUCUAUCCAAUAUACCCCGAGUUCUACGACUUCGGCAAUGCUGGCCACAGUACUGCUGCUGCCGCUGCCACCGGCGGCGGUGGUGAGCAACCUGCCCCGGGGUUCCCGGAAAUGGGCCAGAUCGAGGGCGGCUAUCCACCUAGCUGGGACUAUGGCCUGGGCGACGUCGAGCUGGCAUUGUUCUCUUCGCCGCCGGGCAUCGUCCGAGGCGAAGAAGACCGUGGACCACAGCCUCGGGCCCCGUGGGACUUCGGGACCCAGGCCUACCCGGCCAUGACGGGCGGCGGCACAAUGGCAACGGCGAGCCCCAUGUCUCAGUAUCUCCCGGCAGGAAAGCCCUUGGGUGGCUACUACGAGCCACUCGAUUGGCCUCGGCCGCCGAUGGGGCAGAUAUCACCGUCGCCCAGCCAGAGCAGCUACCACGCCUCGUCGCCAGCCAGCGUAGCCGGGCCACAGUUCUCGCGACACAACAGCUGCUCGUCCCUCCCGGCCUCGAGGGCGGCUGCGGUCGAGCAGACACGUGUCGACGCGCGGUUCCAGCCUGUGCCCGACCACGCAGUCAGUGCGGAAGAGACAGUGGCCAACAGGGGAUUCCGUCCGGGAACUGAGCCCUCGUCGUCUGCGCGACAAAAGACCGGAUCACGGAGAAACGCGCGGAACCAGACCAUGACGGCGACCACCACCACGGACUACAACGCGGGCACCUUGUGCCCAGCCAUCACGCCCUCUCCAAAGGACAGCACUGCCGCCGUUCCCUACCAACCGGUCUCCCAGGGCGCCCGCCGCCACUCAGAACAGCAGACAUCAAAGAGCAGCGGGAAGAGCCCGCCCCAGCCCGCCGUCCGGAAGACCGCACAGCAGCAGCAGCAGGCGGAGACAGGACAACAGCAAGCCCAAGCUCAGCCCCAACCCCAGAGCCGGCCCUCGCCACAGGCAGGGCAGCCCCGGACGCAGAGGCCGCGCAGCCGGGCGGCGGCCAAAAAGUGCCGGGCCAAGGCGAAGCUGGCGGUGGCGGACCUCGAGUCGACGGAGCGGGCCAUGAGCAGCGAGCACCGGGAGCUGUCGGCGACGGCGCGGGGCCUGCGCGACGAGGUGCUGCUGCUCAAGAACGAGCUGCUCGCGCACGGCAACUGCGACGACUCGCUCAUCCAGCAGUACCACACCAACCAGGCCCGCAUGGUCGGCAACGGCGCGGCGGUGCUGCAGCACCAGCACCAGCACCGGCAGCGGCAGCAUCAUUAG